GGUGCUCGCCUCCUCCGGUGCAUCUCCGUGUCUCUGAUGUGAGCCCAACUUCCACCACCGUCGUCACAAACAGAAGAUGCCGCGGCCUGUUUCGUGUUAACAGGACAUGUUACUUACUAUGCGGACAAACGGAAAACCGCAGGGCUUCUCUGAGUUUUCAAGACUGGUGUGACAAUGUUUGCUGUUGGCUGAAGUUCACACCAAGAAAUCAAAAUGAAGAGGAGACUGCUUCAUGGUUUCCUUUCGGAAGUUUCUAUCCGGAUAGCUCUGCUGCUCGUGUUCCUUGUGACGGAGCAGCUCCCUCCUUUCUACCGUGAAAUCCAGCCAGAGGAGAUGUGGCUGUAUAAGUUCCAUCGUGUGGAGAGUGACCAUGUACCCACAUCUCUGAUGUUUAGUGUGGCGUGUUUCACACCGAUGAUCAUAAUCCUGGCUUUCACCUUCCUGAAGAAGUCAGAGAGAGGAGAUCUGAAGGAAGCCUCUCUGGCGGUGACACUGACUCUGGUACUAAACGGGGUCUUCACCAACGCCAUUAAACUUGUUGUUGGCAGACCACGCCCAGACUUCUUCUAUCGCUGUUUCCCAGACGGUCAGAUGAACCUUGAACUCCGUUGCAGCGGUGACCCAGACGUGGUCAUGGAGGGCAGGAAGAGCUUUCCCAGUGGACACUCAUCCUUUGCUUUUGCAGGAUUGGGAUUCACAUCACUCUACAUUGCUGGUAAACUCCGCUGCUUCACUGCAGCAGGUCAGGGCAGAGCAUGGCGGUUGUGUGCCUUCCUCACCCCUUUACUUAUGGCAAGUGUGAUCGCUCUAUCCAGAACCUGCGACUACAAACACCACUGGCAAGAUGUACUAGUGGGCUCUCUGCUGGGUCUGGCCUUUGCCUGGCUCUGUUACAGACAGCACUACCCUCCACUUCAGGACCCCGACUGCCACAGACCUCUGCGUCACAGAGAGACUGUUCCCGCCGCACAGGAACGCAAGCUGGCCAACUCCAACUACAUCUUACCCCUGUAGACCAGCUGAGACUGGAACUGGAACACUCUGUACUGCUGUCAUUUAGAAUCUGUACCAGGGUAAUACUGCUCACUUUUAUUCUCACACUUUAAGACCGGGCAACACAUAAA